CAAAAUUCAAAUAAUUAUAAAUGGAGUCAGCUUCAAUUAAAAACAUGAAUGAUUUCUUAGAGUACAACCAAAAACAUAAAGUAGUUGUCAAAAGAAAUAAUUCUAUUAACUCUGAAAAUAGAGUAUUUUUCAACUUUAAAAGAGAUCUUGGUACUUGGUUAGGUGGUUUGGUUGGCUCCAUCCCAUUUGUUGGUGCAAUGGCUGCUGCAUGGUUUAAUAUUGGUUAUACUCACUUUUUUAUGGAUGGUGAAGGUCAAAUUUAUGUUCCAUUAUCUGCUUUUCAAGAAAUGUUAAAUGAAUUGAGAAAAGAAAUGGAGGAAUUAAUGAAUAGAAAAUUAGAUGAAAUGUAUGUUGAUUUGGCCAAUAAAGCUUUUGCUGCUCUUCAAGCUGCUUGUAAUGAAUAUAAUACCAGAGUCGCCGCUUAUGAAAAAGCUUAUGGGUCAGGAAGAUCAAUGGGAUCAAUGGAUUCAAAAUCAGUUCCAAAUUACUUAAAGAUGAAUAUUGCUGAUGAAAAAUUAAUCAAUUCUGAUGAAAAUGCAUUAAAAGAAAUGAUAAGAAUGCAACAUUCAAUUGUUAUUAAUGAAAUGGAACGUUGCUUUAUUUUAUUCACUGAAGGAACAACAGAUCAAAACAAAUUGUUAAUUGGUAAUUUGGUUACUGGUACUUUGUUCUACGUCUUGAUCCAAAGAGAUGUAUUUUAUAAGGGUGCUGAAUGGGGUUUUCCUAAUGACUAUAUCAAUCGAUCCAAAGUUAUGAUCUCAGAAAGAAUUGAUAAGUCAAUGGGCCAUAUCACCAAGUUAUUGGGUAAAGGUUUAAGUAUGACUGAAGUCUCCAAAGAAAACUCACCAGAUAUUUAUAAUAUCUAUAAACAAUUUGCUUAUUUGGAUGUUACAAGAUUUCCAUUGGGCUCUAAAAGAUAUCCAGUUAGUUCAAAUCAUACUGCAGUUAUUCCAACCGAGUUUAAUGAUGGUGAAAAGUAUACUUAUAUUAUAGAAACCAAAGGUUCAAAGAUGACAGAUCCACUUAUUAGCCAACAAGUUGAACAUAUAUACGAUUGUCAGUCAUUUAAUUGUUCAAGUUACGAAUUUAAAGUAUCCAGACCAUCAAAAUCAUUUACAUCAGCUGUUAUCUACAUUCAUACAUCUGUUGAGGUUGAUUCAUCAAAUCCACUAACUACUUUUACUGUUGAUGGCACAUCAUAUACAUCAACAUCUGAGGAUGUAAAGGAUGAAGUAUUUUACCUUGGAUGGCCAUUAACAAGAUAUGCCAAACUCACAGUUUCAUUCAACCAACCAAAGACAGAAUUUACAGUUAAACAAAGUUAUCCAGCAUCCGGUUAUCCAGUUAUUUAUGGUUGCCAUGCUAAACUAAUUCUUAAAUAAUCACAAGGUUCAUUAAUUAUUAAAUUAUUUUUGGUCUAAUAUUAUUAAAUAAAUUAUAAUAUUCAUUUGCUUUUAUG